AUGACGAAAAUAACAGAUGCAGCAACGAGACAGGCAGUUCAAAGUGCCUAUGACGCCGUUAGAGCAACUGUUGUGAAAAGUCAAGAAAAAGAGUUACAACAGACCAAAACAGACCUAGUAAAUGCUUUCUUAAGAACGAAAAGUCAGGUAGGACAUUACGCUGCAGAUGGAACAUAUGUGCCAGCUGGUGGAACUUAUAUACCACCAAACCCUCCAAGAGAAGCACCUGCACCAGGACUACCUAACACAUUUACAUCGUCACAUGGACACAGACACAGGCAUGCACCAAAACCAACACAACAACCAACAGUUCAAAACACUGCACCACAACCAACAGUUCAAAACACUGCACCACAACCAACAGUUCAAAACACUGCACCACAACCAACAGUUCAAAACACUGCACAGCAACAACCACAAACAGAGCAAGGACAUAAAAGAAGUAGAGAACAAGGAAACCAAGAAUUCUUAAAAAUGCUUAAAGAAGACUAUGGUUACCCAGAUAGUAUUGACUUUAGUGACAGAUAUAAAGAAGCUAUUAGAAAGUUCAAGGAUGGAAAUACUGACCCGAACCUAUUUAGCUUUAUGGCUCUGCACCAAAGGGGAUAUAAUUUCAAACCUGGAAAAUACAAGCUCGCUAAGGGAUAUGAUUUAAUAGCAUAUCAUCCAAAUGACAUGGAUGAAUUUACUCCGAGAUAUUUGAUGUCAGAGCUAAAUGACAAUUUAACUCUCUUCAUGAAACGCGUAAAAAAAGGAGACGGAACGAAAGAAGAAAGGUUUAUGAGUCCGGAUGACUUAGAAAGGGAACUUGUUGAAAACGGUCUCGGAAUAUAUGAAAUGCCAGCAGAUGAGGUACAAGAAACUCCACAGGAAGAACUAGUUCAGAUACAACCAGACAUGGAAGAAAUAGUUCAGCAACAACAGCUAGAAGAGCCUGAAGGAAACGAACAA